GGCCGUGUUGGCUGAGGAAGCCUCUCAAUUAUUGUACACCACCCCAGGGGGCACAUGAGCGACAACAGACAACAGAAUACCCCAUAGACAACGAAGGUAAAUUCAUUGGGUAAAGAUAUUGGCACGUUUUAUCAUUCUGAAUAUUUUAUUUAAAUCUUAUUUUGAUGCAAAAAAAAGUAUCAACAUCUGAUCUGUAUUCAGAGUGAAGGAGACCAGGCCUUCUAUUGGAAACGGGACAGACAUGGGUCAAGUCAUUAAGGUUUUCUCACGAAGGGCUGUUGAAAUCAGGACCUUGCCGAAAAAUUAACAUUUUCCACCCUGUGACGUAAAAUGUCCAGUCCUGUGCUUUUUCCUGCAACCACAGGUCGGUCAUCACCACUGAAACUCUCUCCUCACAGCACAAUAUUUUCUCCACAUCCCCAGUUUAAUGGCAUGUUUUCACUGUUUACUUAUCCACCGUUUUACACUCCACUCUGACUCUCUUAGACCUGGAGAAAGAUACAAAAAAACGAGCUGCUGGAGGAGCUCAGCGGGUCGGGCAGCAUCUGUGGAGGGAAAUGGACAAUCGACAUUUCGGGUUGAGACAGUUCAGAUGAAGGAUCUCGAUCCGGAAAGGUCCUUCCGAUCGGAGCGAUGGGGCCUUUGGACAUUCAGCUAACGUUUUUUGUUGCUCUACGUGUUUACGAGACGGGGUUGCUGGGCAUAUGGCCAACUCACCUACGCUUGUCGCCGGGCUUAGACAGUCCAUUAGGCGUUUCCUUACCUUUUCUCUGUUUAAUUUAUUUUUGAUCCCACACUAACAUUCAAAUAGCCAUGAACAUAUACAGCAGCAGAAUGUUCAUUCCCUGAGACUGCAGCGCGCGUAGUGGACAAUCCCGGUACUGCAGGGGUCAUUCCCCGGGUCUACAGCGCGCGUAGUGGACAAUCGCGGUACUGCAGGGGUCAUUCCCCGGGUCUACAGCGCGCGUAGUGGACAAUCGUGGUACUGCAGGGGAUCUGCAGCUCCCGGAAGUGAAAGUAUUCUGAAUCAGGAAGUGCUGGGAGUUAACAUGGCUUCGAAAGGACCGGUCGAGAGUUUAACAGAGGAGGCGAUUUGUCCCAUCUGCCUGGAUUUCUUCACCGAUCCGGUUAUACUGGAGUGUGGACACAACUUCUGUCGCUCUUGUAUCACACGGUAUUGGGAAAGGGAGGAGAGAAACUCCUGCCCGGAAUGUAGAGCGGUGUUUGCUGACCGCACCCUCAAGGUGAAUCGGGCCUUAGCAAAUCUGGCUGAAAAAGCUCGAAAUCUAAACCUGAAUCCGAAAGAGAAGGAAAGUAAACUUCACUGCGAGGAACAUGAGGAAGAACUGAAGCUGUUUUGUGAAACGGACAAGACACUGAUCUGUCUGGUCUGUAGAGAUGCGCAGGAACACAGAGAGCACCGCUUCAUGCCGAUUACAGAAGCUGUUAAAAUCUACAAGGAACAGCUAAAAUCUUCCUUAGACUCUCUCACAAAAAAGAAAUCAGACUUCCAGGAAAAGGAGCAGCAUCAGAAAGAGAAGAUUUCCGGAGUUCGGGAACAGUCACACAGCGUUCAGUCCCACGUCACAUCCCAGUUUGCUGAACUGCGCCAGAUUAUCACUGAGAAAGAGCAGAGCUUACUCAGGGAUCUCAGGGAGGAGGAGAAGAGGAUUCUCAACCCAAUGAAGAAAAAUCUUUGGGAGAUUCAAGAGAAUAUAAGACUUAUUAAGGAGGAAAUCUCAAAGUUAAUGGAACAGAUGGAUCAAAAAGACAGUGUGAUAUUUCUCAAGGAGGAAGUUCGUCGGAACAGAAGGAUUAAUUAUGAUGUCCUGGAAUUGGCAGUGACAGAUGAGACCCUACCGGUUGAAAAAUUCGAUCACCCCUAUUUGUUGAACACAGUGCUGAGAGAAACGCUUGAUACUAUUAAUCGAGUUUCGAAGAAUGAGAGGAGAUCUCAUGGAAACACAAAAUUCUUUCAGGGAUCAACAGGCAGGAGUGAGGGAGGAUGUUUCCCCUGUUCAGCGGAAAACCCUUGUGGAGACAUCUGCUUUUGUCGAAUCAAAGUCUCUGUCACCCUGGAUGUGGACACGGCGCAUCCGUGUCUCGAGGUGUCUGAGGAUCGGAAGAGUGUGAGACGGACCCGGACCUGGAGGAAUCUCCCUGACACCGGGAAGAGAUUCAUAGACUGGGAAUGUGUGCUGGGAUCGGAGGGAUUCACAUCGGGGAGACAUUACUGGGAGGUGGAGGUGACGGGGAUUCGGGACUGGGGUCUGGGAGUCGCCGCAGAGUCUGUGGAGAGGAAGAGACCGGUCAGUCUGAGUCCGGAGACCGGAUUCUGGGUCAUCAGGCGGGAUCGUGACGUGUUACAUCGGGAUUAUGACGUGUCCGGUCUCAUCUCCCCCGAGACCCGUCUCGCUGCCGGUCCCAUCCCCGGGAGGGUGGGAGUUUAUCUCAGUUACGAGUCCGGGACAGUUUCAUUUUACAACGCGGAGACCAAAUCCCAUCUCCACACCUUCACUGGGAAUAAAUUCACGGGGAAACUUUAUCCUUUCUUCCGGACCUGGGGUGUAAACCAGUGGCUGAGAAUCUGCUCCGGUUCCGCUCCAGGUCUGUAAACGGGUCGGGUCCCGGGACCGGCGUCAGGAGUAAAGUCCCUGUAAAUAUAAAUGUGCGGAGAGUGCAGCUAAAUACGUGGCUCAGGGGAUGGUGCAGGAGGGAGGGCUUCAUGCUUCUGGACAAUUGGGCUUGUUCCCGGGAAGGUGGGGCCUGUUCCGACAGGACGGUUUGCCCCUAAACUGGGCGGGGGGGGAGGAAGAACAUUAUUGCGGGUAGAUUUGCCAGUGCUGCUCCGGGGAAUUUAAUCUAGAUUUGCAGAGGGAGGGGAACCAGAGUGUUAGAGCAGAUAGUGAGGUGCAGGAGGAUAAGGAACAUGAGAGGACUGCAUGUAUAAACGGAAAUGAAAAAAAAAAGCAGAUGAUAUACAUAUUCUCAGGUACAUCUAUUUCAAUGCACGGAGUAUUGUCGGUAAAACAGAUGAGUUUUGGGCUUGGGUUGACACGUGGGAUAACGUCAUUACUGCUAUUGGUGAGGGGCAGAACUGGCAGCUUAAUGUUCUGGUAAAAUUGGAGAACGGCCAAUUUUGUGGAAAUGAAAAAGGAUCUAGGAAGAGUGGAUUGGGAUAAGUUUUUUUUUCUGGCAAGGAUGUGUUCAGUAAGUUCACAGGCAUAAGAAAUUAAAUAGAGAUUGCGUUGGAAAUGUUGUAGCAACUUCAUUUAAUUCAAAAUCGAGAGGAGUUGCAAUUUCGGUUAAUAAAUCUUUACCAAUUAAAAUACAAAAUGUAAUAAUUGAUUCUGUGGGGAGAUAUGUGAUUAUACAUUGUCAAUUUUUUUCAGAAUUAUGGAAUUUUAUGAACAUUUAUGCACCAAAUGAAAAUGAUGCAAAAUUCAUACAAGAUUUUUUUGAACUUGGCUGACGCAAAUGAUAAAAUAUUAAUAGGCGGAGAUUUUAAUUUUUGUUUAGAUCCAGUUUUGGUUAGGUCAACUAAAGUUGUUACAAAAUUAAAAGUAAUAAAACUAACUUUAUCAUUAAUGAAAGAUUUAAACCUGAUUGAUAUAUGGAGAAAAAUUAAUCCAAGAGAAAGAGAUUAUUCAUUUUAUUCAAAUAGACAUAAAACUUAGAUGGAGAUUUAAUACAAUUUUAUUAAAACGUCAAGAUUUUUGUGAUUUUAUGAAAAAACAGAUUCAAUUUUUUUUUGAUACAAAUUUACAUUCAGUUGAGGAUAAAAUUGUAUUAUAGGAAGCGAUGAAAGCAUAUUUAAGGGGUCAGAUUAUAAGUUAUACAUCUAAAAUUAAGAAGGAAAAUUGGGAAAAGAUAUCAUAAAGUUAGAAAAAGAAUCUCAAAGAUAUAUGACAGAAGAAAAACAAAGACAACUUGUUAAUAAAAAACUACAAUAUAAUACACUCCAGACAUAUCAUACAGAAAAAGUAAUUAUGAGAACUAAACAGACAUAUUACGAAUUAGGUGAAAGAUCACAUAAAAUUCUUGCUUGGCAGUUGAA